AUGGUAACGCGGGGGAAGAUCAAAGCAUCGAAUCGAUCAGAUCUCUCUUUCUUGUUUCUCGGUCCACGAAAGACCCUUUCCCAAGUAAACCCUCGAUCGGACGCAUACUCGCACGGCAAUGCAGUGUUCAGUUAUCCAUUCGUCUCCCCCCUUCUUCUUUCUACUUGUUCUCCUCUUUCAAACGUCAAGUAUCAUGUCGCUACUAAUGUGUCACGGGCGUCUAGACCCUCGAGUACGAAAUGCUUAGAAGUCCUCUGCGCCCGAUGGUGUGGCACUGGGAUUCCCGCCCGUUUUUGUGACACCCUUCAGAUGAUUUGUUGGCUAGGCAGACUUAUGUCAUUACCCAUUUUCCACUGUUGAGGUGGCAUACGUAUUUGAUAUCGAGGAGUAGUGAUUCUUGUUUGGUGCCGUGUGUCGGAAUAGUCUGUGGCGAGUCUAAGUUUCGUCGGGCUCGACGAGGGUGAGGCGUAAAGCUAACAUCGAAGAUAUCAGUACUCAUUACCUUGGAG